AUGGGAUUUGUGAUGGAGCGACUUAUCGACAUUAUUCAUGAUCAAGAUACUUGUGCAUCAUCUCUAAAAGAAGCAAUUGUUAAUUUACUUGCUCAACAUUCCUUAAGUCUUUCUUAUGUACGUGGACAAUGUUAUGAUGGGGCAAGUAAUAUGAAAGGUAGAAUCAAUGGCCUUAAAAUGUUGAUUAAGCAAGAAAGUAGAUCGGAUCAUUCUAUUCAUUGCUUUGCUCAUCAACUUCAACUAAGUCUUGUUGCGGUUUCUAAAAAGUGUGUUGAAGUAGGGGAGCUUGUACUAUUGGUUUCAAGUAUUUUGAAUAUGUUGGGAGCCUCUUUUAAACGCAUGGAUGAAUAUCGAGAAUCUCAAAAGAAAAGAGUUCAAGAGGCAUUAGAUAUGGGUGAACUUGAAACUGGUAGAGGCUUGCAUCAAGAAUUUGGUCUUACUAGAGCUUGUGAUACUCGUUGGGGAUCCCACUACAAAUCUUUUAGUAACUUUAUUCUUAUGUUUGGUUCAAUUAUUGAUGUACUUAAUGAUAUUGUUGUUGAUUCACAUUGUCCAGAUGAAAGUGCCAAGGCAAUGGGAUUUCUGAGAGCAUGUCAAACAUUUGAUGUUGCAUUCAUAUUGCAUUUGAUGAGAGAUAUUUUAGCAAUCACAGAUGAGCUUAACAAAUGCUUACAGAAAAAAAGAGCAAGAUAUCGUAAAUGUCAUGCUACUUGUUCAAGUAGCAAAGAAAAGGUUGCAAAAGUUAAGGGAGGAAGAAUGGGGAAAAUAAUGAGAAUGACUGAACAUUAUCCUGAUGACUUUGAUGAAUUUAGUACGGGGGUUCUUGAGAAUCAACUUGCGAGUUACAUUAUUGAUGUUCGUGAUCUUGAUGAAAGGUUCUCCGAUCUAAAAAGACUUUGUGAUCUUUCAAAAAGAUUAGUUCAGACAAAGAAGCAUUCAAACUACCCUUUUGUAUUCCUCUUAGUGAAACUUUCCUUGCUCUUGCCAGUUGCCACUGCAUCCGUUGAAAGAACUUUUUCGGCAAUGAAGUUUAUCAAGAAUGACUUGCGGAGUCGAAUGAAUGAGAGUUAUUUUAGUGGUUGCUUGGUGCCUUAUGUAGAAAAAGAUGUGUUUAAUAGGAUCUCUAAUGAUGUUAUUAUAAAAACAUUUCAAGGAAUGAAACCUCAUCGUGUACAGUUGUAA